GCUUGCGCCACGGCGGGAGGCAGCGGGGGAAAGUUGCUGAGCAGGAUAAAAUGAAAGACGAUGCAGAAGCCUAUUUGGAGGCGAGAAUGGGAAGGCGGCAGGGCUUCAGGGCGAGAGGGCGGUGAAGAUGGACGGACGCGCGCAUCAGUUGAGGGCGUGUACCAUAAGCGCAAGGACAGAUUCAGAUUCCUCCCCUUCUCAAAUUGAUAUUUCCAUUCAAGAAAUGGUUGAUGAGUUUUCUGAUUUGGCUCAGAAGCCUACUGGACUGGUCCAUAUGCAGACCAAGCACCAUAUUCAGAUUUUGCCUGACUCUACCCCUCCCAAGGGAAGAGUCUAUAGAAUGUCACCUGCUGAACUGGAUGAGUUGAGGAAACAAUUGGAGUCCUUGACAGAGAAGGGAUGGAUCAAGCCUAACUCAUCUGAGUAUGGGGCAUCAGUUCUCUUUGUUCCAAAGGGAGAUGGUGAACUCAUGAUGUACAUUGACUAUAGGGGCCUGARCAAGAUCACUAGGAAGAGCUUUAAGCCCUUGCCUAGGAUUGAUGGCUUGCUGGACAUGGUGCAAGGCUACAAAGUCUUCAACAAAAUUGAUCUGAAAUUUGGUUAUCAUAAGAUCGGAAUGGUUGAAGAGUAUGCUUACAAGAGAACCUUUAAAACCCGGUGUGUGCUGCCUCUGGAUGAGCUGGUGUGUGAGGCGGAUCUCCAGUCUUUGUGUUUCCCUGGUGCUGCAAAUGCAGUGGUGAUGGCUUCAUCCUCGGGUUGUUGGCCCCUCACUUUGCGGCGUCCACCCUUGCGGUUCUUUUCUUCCUCAUCUGACCCUUCUAACGUCCAUAACGGGCCAUUGGAUGGUGGUAAGGCAAAUAAAGUUCGGGGCACCUGCAAGCAGGAGGAGGUUGCUCAAGGCGAUGAAAAAGGAGCAGGACAAGGAAGAGGAGGAGGAGAUGGCAGCUCUGGUUCACGACAGACACCGCAUGGGGGUCCACAUCGGGAUUCUUUCACACCCAUUGGGCUGGGAGAAGGAAGUCAUUCAGAGAAGGCAUCGGUCGAAGGGUGCGAACCACGGAAAAAGGGAGAGGGGGGGAGAUGGGUUGUGCCGCCCCCCGUUGACAAUGUUGGAAAUGGCAUGAAGGUGGGAGGAGAUGCAGGUAACGGCCAUAGCACAUGCAAAACCACUGCUUCAAGAAGUGCACAGCGAAUUGGAGUUGUGCUAGAUGGACAUGUAACACAGGUAGAUCACCGGUGGAGCCAGCCUGAGGGUUCUCCGUCUUACCUGCAAAGCAACCAAGGUGAUUUUCUUCUACCCUGCGACGAUGGGGAGAAGGGAGAGGAGAGGACUGAGGUCAGGAUUGUUGAGGAAGGGGUCGUCCAGGGUGGUGAAGAUGGCAAGCUAGAGCAAAUGAAAGGGGGGGACGAGAGACUUGAAGGGGGCAGGGAGGAGUUGACAGGAAGGAGAGGGGGGGAUAGCAUCCCCAACGAUGGCCACUUGACAAACGAAAAGGGGUUGAUGAGGUCGGAGGAAAGCAGACUCCCAGGAGGGGGGGAUAAGCAGUUGGAGCAGCAUGGCAUUGUGAAGGCAGAGAAUGAAGCAGCAGCAGUGAAGGCGGCUGUGGAAGCUGUGAAUGGCAUUGAUAACCAUGACCAUCAUGAGGGACUCGUUGUACCUGCGAAAUCGGCAGCACACCUACCAUCAGAUGGAGCAACGGCUCUCCCGGAACUAAUCCAUGAUGACCCAGUGUGGGCAGUCGUCCGCGCAGAAGCACAUUUGGAGGCCAGGAAGGAGCCUCUCCUUAGCAGCUACUUGUAUGCCAGCAUUCUAGGUCACUCACAGUUUGAGAAGUCCCUAGGCAUGGUUUUGGCCAAUUGCCUUGGGAGCGCAACACUGUUGCCGACGGAGCUUCAGCAAGUGUUCGAAGACGUGCUGUCAAGUGAUAACUAUGUGCGACAAGCUAUCCGUGCGGACGUCCAAGCCGUCAAGGAUCGGGAUCCUGCCUGUGUAUCUUAUCACUAUGCGUUACUUUACCUCAAGGGUUACCAGGCAUUGCAGGGUUUCAGAAUUGCCCACACACUCUGGGAGAGGGGCAGGAAGGUGCUGGCGCUUGCGCUGCAAUGCCGCAUCUCAGAACUCUUUGGAAUUGACAUACAUCCUGCCGCAAAGAUCGGCCGAGGCAUCCUCAUUCCCAACAGCAUGGGAGUUGUGAUUGGCGAGACCGCUGUAGUAGGGGAUCGGGUAUCGGUGCUUCAAUAUGUCACCUUGGGAGGCACAGGCAAGCAAGCAGGCGACCGUCACCCCAAGGUUCGUGAUGGAGUGUUCCUCGGUGUGGCUGCGCUGGUUAUUGGCAAUAUUGUUGUUGGCGAGGGAUCGAUGGUUGCAUCAGGGUCGGUGGUCCUCAAGAAUGUGCCCCCCCACUGCAUCGUAGCCGGAAUCCCUGCCAAGGUCAUUGAAGAGAAUCUGGUCUUUGAGCCCACUCUUGCCAUGAACAGAUGACAUGGCUGUACGUGGUAGUGGGCCAGGCAUGUCUACAUGGGACAAGAGCCUGCCUCAGGACCCAGA